AUGGCCCUAGACAUCCCACAAGAGAGGGGUUUGAGCUCGCUGGAUUUCAGGUACUUUGACGAGCUGGUGGUCUGUCGUUUCCCGCUGUUUGACUUCCUGGAGCCUUUCCCUUUGGAUUGGAUGUAUGUCGUCUUUGUCGUUAUGUGGCUGGGUGCCCUGGGGAUAAUGCUGGGUUGUUACUACCGCCUGUCAUGCCUGAUGUUUCUCAUCCCAUACUGGUACAACUUCUUCCUUGAUAAGACGGCCUGGAACAACCACUCCUACCUGUAUGGCCUCAUUGGCUUCCAGCUCACCUUGAUGGAUGCCAACCGCUACUGGGGUCGUACAACACUGGCAAGGCCACGAGAAAAACAACAUUCCCGGGUUCGGAGCCGUGCGAGGCUGGCAUUUGGCAGGAACGUUGCAGCAGGUGGCGGCUUCCUGCUCCCCGGUCAAUCCCUCGGCAAACGCUCCGACGGAAGCGAACGUUUAGGGAAAACUCCCAGGGUGCCCCUCUCCGGCCCCGUCUCGACGAGAAUCGGCUCAGGCACGCUUGGGAGGACCGGCAAAGAACAGUUGGCCUCAGUGCCACGGCCUCUUCAGCUGUGCCUGUACAUCGAGACCAAAAUAAGCCCCAGUUAUAAAAUUAACCCGGCUUCAAGCAAGCGAGGAAAACUGAGAAGCGAAGGAAGGAAAUGGAGAAGAGAACAAGGGCAGGAAGGCGGUUCGUUGGGGCGGCUCGCUGUGCCCACCCGUGGGCUCGGCAGGGUUCGUUGGGGCGACUCGCUGUGCCCACCCGUGGGCUCGGCAGGGUUUGUUGGGGCGGCUCGCGGUGCCCACCCGUGGGCUCGGCAGGGUUUGUUGGCGCUGCUCGUGGUGCCCACCCGUGGGCUCAUGGAUGCACAGCAGUCUCCCAAUGAGGUGAAUAUUAACAUUGUCCAUUCUUUGCCCUUCUACCUUGUAGCCUCCAAGAUUGCGAGGUUACAUCCUCAGGAGGAGGAGGAGGAUGACCGAAGCAGGCACUGCCCCUAUCUGGACACUAUCAAUCGGAGUGUGUUGGAUUUUGACUUCGAAAAGCUGUGCUCCGUCUCCCUCUCCCACAUCAACGUAUAUGCUUGCCUGGUGUGUGGCAAAUAUUUUCAAGGGCGAGGCCUGAAGUCAUACGCCAACAUUCACAGCGUUCAGGUGGGGCACCAUGUCUUUCUGAAUCUGCACACGCUGAAGUUUUACUGCCUGCCAGACAACUAUGAAAUCAUUGACUCUUCCCUUGAGGAUAUCACGUACGUACUGAAGCCAACAUUUACCAAACAGCACAUCGCGAACCUGGACAAACAGUCAAAGCUGUCACGGGCGUAUGAUGGGACGACCUACCUGCCAGGAAUUGUGGGAUUGAACAAUAUCAAGGCCAAUGACUAUGCUAACGUGGUACUGCAGGCCCUGUCUAAUGUCCCUCCAUUGCGGAACUAUUUCCUGGAGGAAGAGAACUACAGGGAUAUCAAGCGUCCUCCAGGGGACAUUAUGUUCCUGCUGGUGCAGAGAUUCGGGGAGUUGAUGAGGAAACUGCGAAAUCCCCGGAACUUCAAGGCUCACGUCUCUCCACAUGAGAUGUUACAGGCUGUGGUGCUGUGCAGCAAGAAACGUUUCCAGAUCACCAAACAGGGUGAUGCUGUUGACUUUCUGUCGUGGUUCCUGAAUGCACUCCAUAUGGCACUGGGAGGGAACAAGAAGAAGAAGACCAUCAUCAACAGCGUAUUUCAGGGAUCCAUGCGAAUCUUUACAAAGAAGCUGCCUCCACCAGACCUGACACCGGAGGAGAAAGAGCAACUGCUGGAAAUGGAGGAGUUCAAGGAGACAAUGACAGAGUCCACUUUCUUAUACCUGACCCUAGACCUUCCCACAGCCCCUCUGUACAAGGAUGAGAAGGAGCAACUGAUCAUUCCGCAAGUGCCCCUCUUCAACAUCUUGGCAAAGUUCAACGGUAUCACAGAGAAGGAGUAUAAGACCUACAAGGAGAAUUUCCUAAAGAGGUUCCAGCUGACAAAGCUCCCACCUUACCUCAUCUUCUACAUCAAGAGAUUCACAAAGAACAACUUCUUCAUAGAGAAGAACCCCACUAUUGUUAACUUCCCGAUCACGAAUGUUGACCUUAGAGAAUACCUGUCUGAGGAAGUUCAGGCCAUUCACAAACAGACUACGUACGACCUGAUUGGAAAUGUGGUCCACGAUGGGAAACCGGGCGAGGGGGCCUAUCGGGUCCACGUGCUUCAUCAUGGCACGGGGAAGUGGUAUGAGUUGCAGGAUCUACAGGUGUCUGACAUCUUGCCACAAAUGAUCACCCUAUCGGAGGCUUACAUACAGAUAUGGAAGAGACGCGAGGACAGUGAUGAAAGUCUGCCCAGUCAGAAAGGAGCGUGACAGGGGUAAAGUUUGGGAGCGAGAGCACUUUACCCCUGGUAAGUUGGACUUACUGGUUUGGAGCUGGAAGUACACAGCAAUAUUUGAAGCAAAGCCUGACUACUCCGUAAACUGAAAUGCCUGGAAAGUGUGGAUCGAUCACACAGAUGUCGCAGGGCGUGCAGACUCUUAUGACAGGUCUAAGUCUGCAGUUGCUCUAUUACUGACACCUUGGCUAGCUCUGAAUCAGUGUGAUGUUGCUGUGUACGUUCUUGUAGAAUGAGUCUUGUUUCAAGGAAUGCUUUACAAUUCACCUGGAAGCAUGACUGACUGAUUUUAUCAUCUUUGCUUGUGGAGUCCUGGCAGAUUUAUUCCCACAGGAUGUUACAAGUCUCAAUGUGCUUUGGUUAUCCCGUUACUUCCUUUGUUUUGUUAAUGCUCUUUUACAUUCCUUUGCUGUUAAAGCAGUUGCUGUGGAGGUGGGAGUAGAAAGCCACUUUCCAGACUUGUUUCAGAUAAGGAAGUGUACCGAAAUGUGUUUUUAAAAAAAAUGAACUGAAAUGUUGUAUGGAACAAAAGUGAAGCAGAACCUGAAAAACAGCCUUUUGGAAUAGUCUGCCUUCUCCUGACUCUUGGAACAUUAAUUAAAGCAAUCUCAGGAUUCAGUUUUAUUCACAUUAGAGUUUGAAAUAAUUCCUCUUGAUGGUAAUUUUUGGAAAAUCAUAGGAGUAAAAUAUUUUACUUCUCACUUGUUUUCUCUCAUUGAUUACUGUGCCUCUGUUAGGGUCAUUAAAGUUUCCAUUGGAAAAUC